AUCUUAAACCUCACUCAAUUUUCUCAGAAAUGGCUUCACUUUGUAUCGAACCCAAAAUUUCUCUAUAUCCAAACAACUCAAUUAUCCAUAUCCAACCCCGAAGCAAGCCUCAAAUAAUCUUCUUCACACGAAAAGUAAAAAUAAAAAUAAAAUGCUCUUCUACAGACCCCCAACAACAAAGAUUCACCAGAAAGAAAAAAAGUGUGGCUGAAACGGAGAAAGGAGUUGAUCCAGUUGGUUUUUUGACAAAGCUAGGAAUUACCCAUAAGGCCUUUGCCCAGUUUCUUCGUGAAAGGCAUAAAUCGUUGAAGGAUCUAAAAGCUGAAAUUUUUGCACGCCACCACAAUCUCCAGGAAAUGGCUUCGGGAUUUGAGAUAUUGGGCAUGCAUCGACACAAGGAGCAUCGAGUGGAUUAUAUGGAUUGGGCUCCAGGUGCCCGUUAUUGUGCACUAGUUGGUGACUUCAACGGGUGGUCACCGACAGAGAAUACUGCAAGAGAGGGUCAUUUUGGCCAUGACGAUUACGGAUACUGGUUUAUAAUUCUUGAAGAUAAAUUAAGGGAAGGAGAAAAACCGGAUGAACUGUAUUUUCAACAGUAUAACUAUGUUGAUGAUUAUGAUAAAGGAGAUAGUGGUGUUACCAUUGAAGAGGUCUUUCAGAGAGCAAAUGAUGAAUACUGGGAACCUGGAGAAGACCGCUUUAUUAAAAACCGUCUUGAAUUGCCAGCUAAAUUGUAUGAACGACUAUUCGGGCCUAAUGGACCUCAAACCAUAGAGGAGUUAGGUGAAAUACCUGAUGCAGAAACCAGAUAUAGGGCGCAUGAGGAACUGCAUAAAGAUGAUCCACCAAGUAACUUGCCUCCAUUUGAUGUGAUUGAUGAUGGAAAAGAAUAUGAUGUUUUCAAUGUUAUGGCUGAUCCUGCAUGGCAACAAAAAUUCCGAGGUAAGAAGCCUCCCUUACCGUACUGGACUGAGACUCGCAAAGGAAGGAAGGCUUGGUUGAAAAAGUACACUCCUGCUAUUCCUCAUGGAAGCAAGUAUAGAGUGUAUUUCAAUACUCCUGAUGGCCCGUUAGAGCGAGUUCCAGCUUGGGCUACUUUUGUUCAACCAGAUGCAGAGGGAAAGCAAGCCUAUGCAGUUCAUUGGGAACCACCCCCUGAAUCCACAUAUAAGUGGAAGCACACGGCAACAAAAGCCCCAAAGUCGUUGCGCAUAUACGAGUGUCAUGUUGGAAUAAGUGGAUCAGAGCCCAAAAUAUCUUCUUUCAAUGAUUUUACGGAGGAGGUUCUUCCCCAUAUAAAGAGAGCUGGAUAUAAUGCAAUCCAGUUGAUUGGGAUUGUUGAACAUAAAGAUUAUUUCACAGUUGGUUAUAGAGUCACAAACUUUUUUGCAGUUAGCAGCCGAUAUGGCACACCAGAGGACUUCAAGCGUUUGGUUGACGAAGCACACGGACUGGGAUUACUUGUUUUUCUAGACAUAGUGCAAGCCUACUCUGCUGCAGAUGAUAUGGUCGGCCUGUCACGUUUUGAUGGAUCAAAUGAUUGUUACUUUCAUACCGGUAAACGAGGACAACACAAAUACUGGGGUACUCGAAUGUUUAAAUAUGGCGAUCUUGAUGUAAUGCAUUUUCUCCUCUCGAAUUUGAACUGGUGGGUUUCCGAGUAUAAGAUUGAUGGUUUCCAGUUCCAUUCACUAGCAUCGAUGCUCUAUACGCACAAUGGCUUUGCUUCAUUUUCCGGUGACCUGGAAGAGUACUGCAAUCAAUAUGUUGACAAGGAUGCUUUGAUGUACCUCAUUUUGGCAAAUGAGAUACUUCAUGCUCUUCAUCCGAAUAUAAUAACCAUUGCUGAAGAUGUGACGUUUUACCCUGGAUUAUGCGAACCAAUUUCUCAAGGUGGACUCGGAUUUGAUUAUUACGUCAAUCUGUCUGCAUCAGAAAUGUGGUUGUCGUUGCUUGAGAACACUCCUGACCAUGAGUGGAGCAUGAGCAAGAUAACAAGCACAUUGCUAGGCAACAGAAAUUAUGCAGAUAAAAUGCUUAUCUAUGCCGAAAAUCACCACCAAUCGAUAUCUGGAGGGCGGUCGUUGGCAGAGAUAUUAUUAGGCCAAGGAAAUGACAGAGGUCCUCAAUCAAAUGAAUUAUUGCUAAGAGGGUCUUCGUUACUCAAGAUGAUCAAACUGAUUACAUUCGCAAUUGGUGGCCAUGGAUAUCUGAACUUCAUGGGGAACGAAUUUGGGCAUCCAAAAAGGGUUGAGUUUCCAAUGCCAAGCAACAACAACUCAUUUUCACUGGCUAACCGAUGCUGGGAUCUUUUAGAAAAGGAAGGAGUAUAUCGGGAUUUAUUUCGCUUCGACAAGGACUUGAUGAAGUUGGACAAAACCCAAAAUGUACUUGCAAGAGGAUUGCCCAAUAUCCACCAUGUGAAUGAAACUAAUAUGGUAAUAUCCUACAUAAGAGGUCCUCUUCUCUUCGUAUUUAACUUUCACCCCACGGAUUCUUAUGAAAGAUACUGCAUUGGUGUGGAUGAAGCCGGAGAGUACCAGGUCAUACUGAACACCGAUGAAAUACGAUACGGAGGUCAGGGGAUCAUAAAGGAGGAACAGUAUCUUCAACGAACUGUUAGCAGAAGGGUUGAUGGUCUACGGAAUUGCAUUGAGGUCCCACUACCUAGUGGGACUGCACAGGUGUACAAGUUGAGCCGGAUUUUGAGAAUAUGAAGACAGGUUUCACUCUCAUAAGACGAUUGAUCUUGAUCGAC